ACACCGAUUGGCUGCAGUAGCCAACGCCAGUGUUGAUGCUCACGACGCUGGUGUUGCGGACUCCGCGACCCGGCUGUGCACCCGGUGGGUCAUGGUGCUGGGUCGUGGGUCGCGGUGCCUCCGAAGCCUGUCAGCGCUGGGAGCCGCCUGCGCGCGCCGCGGUCUGGGUCAAGCCCUGCUGGGAGUUUCUCUGUGUCACACAGACUUCAGGAAGAGUCUGACUGUGCAGCAAGACAUGAUGAAGGUUGAGUUGCUGCCCGCCCUGACUGACAACUACAUGUACCUGGUCAUUGAUGAGGACACCCAGGAGGCUGCCAUCGUGGACCCGGUGCAACCCCAGAAGGUCAUAGAAACAGCGAAGAAGCUCCGUGUGAAGCUGACCACAGUGCUCACCACUCACCACCACUGGGACCAUGCUGGUGGGAACGAGAAGCUGCUGAAGCUGGAGCCUGGGCUGAAGGUGUAUGGAGGUGACGACCGCAUCGGGGCCCUGACUCACAAGGUCACACACCUUUCCACACUGCAGGUGGGGUCCCUCAGUGUCAAGUGUCUGUCCACACCGUGCCAUACUUCGGGACACAUCUGUUACUUUGUAAGCAAGCCUGGUAGCUCAGAACCCUCUGCUGUGUUCACAGGUGACACAUUGUUUGUUGCUGGCUGUGGGAAGUUCUAUGAAGGAACUGCAGAUGAGAUGUACAAGGCACUGCUUGAAGUCUUGGGCCGGCUUCCUCCAGACACAAAAGUCUACUGUGGCCAUGAAUACACCAUAAACAACCUUAAGUUUGCACGCCAUGUGGAACCCAACAAUGCUGCCAUUCAGGAGAAACUGGCCUGGGCCAAGGAGAAGUAUGCCAUCGGGGAGCCCACGGUGCCAUCCACCCUGGCUGAAGAGUUCACCUACAACCCCUUCAUGAGAGUGAAGGAGAAGACUGUGCAGCAGCACGCGGGUGAGACGGACCCCGUGACCACCAUGAGGGCCAUCCGAAGGGAGAAGGACCAAUUCAAGGUGCCACGGGACUGAGGCACCCAGGACAGGGACUUCUAAGUGACUGUCCUGCUGCUCAUGCAGGAUCUAGGCUAAUUUUAAGUUAAUGCAAAGCCUUUAACUUGUGUAAUCAAAUGUUCUAAUGCAUAUUUAUAAGCGAGAAAGGUUAAAAGUAUUUAUUCCCAUAACCCCUAUUUGUGGACUCCACAUUAUCUCUGGCUUUACAGGUAUAUAGUUUCAGGGUCCUGUGGUCCC